AUGGCCACCAGGCUCAGGAUAAACUCCACCUCCAUGUCUGAAUUCAUCGUCCUCGGCUUCUCCACCUUCCCGCAGCAGCUCCUGCCUGCCUUCUUCCUGCUGAUCCUGCUCAUGUACCUGUUCACGCUGCUGGGCAACCUGCUCAUCAUGGGCACCGUCUGGAGCGAGCGCAGCCUCCACGCGCCCAUGUACCUCUUCCUGUGCGCCCUCUCCGUCUCUGAGAUCCUCUACACCUUCACCAUCAUCCUGCGCAUGCUGGCCGACCUGCUCUCCACCCACCGCUCCAUCAGCUCCGUGGCCUGUGCCGUGCAGAUGUUCUUCUCCUUUAUGUUUGGCUUCACACACUCCUUCCUGCUCACCGUCAUGGGCUAUGACCGCUACGUGGCCAUCUGCCACCCCCUGCGCUACAGUGUGCUCAUGAGCCCCCGUAGCUGUGCCUGCCUGGUGGCCUGGUCCUGGGCUGGUGGCUCAGUCAUGGGGCUGGUGGUGACCAUGGCCAUUUUCCACCUCACCUUCUGUGGACCUAGUGAGGUCCAACAUUUCUUCUGCCAUGUGCCACCUCAUGUGCAGUUGGCUUGUGGGGACAAUGUCUCCACAGUGGCCAAGGGCGUGGGCCUGGUGUGCAUCUCGGCCCUGCUGGGCUGCUGUCUCCUCAUCAUCCUCUCCUAUGUCUUCAUUGUGGCUGCUGUCCUUAGGAUCCCCUCAGCGAAGGGCCGGCACAAGGCCUUCUCCACAUGCGUGUCCCACCUCACCGUGGUGGUGGUGCACUACGGCUUUGCCUCUGUCAUCUACCUCCAGCCCCGGGGUCCCCAGUCUCUGGAAGCAGACGCCCUGAUGGGCACCACCUACACGGUGCUCACGCCCUUCCUCAGCCCCAUCAUCUUCAGCCUCAGGAACAAGCAGCUGAAGGACGCCAUGAAGAAGACCUUCCUCAGCAAACUCCACCAUCAGAGCUCCUGA